AUGAAAUGCGCCCUACUAUCGACGUGUCUUGCGCUGUACGCUCAGACCUGCAAGGCGGUCGAUUAUGGCGAGUGCAAAGGCUAUACUGCUAGCAACAUUGAGACGACAGCAAGCUCCAUCCAAGCCGAUCUUGAUGUCAUUGGACCAGGAUGCGCCUUGUUCGGGGAUGAUAUCACACACUUGAAACUCAAAGCGACCUACGAGACGGAUUCACGGUUGCACGUCGUCAUUCAAGACUGGGCGCAGUGCAGAUACCAGGUGCCAGAGGAAGUGGUUCCGCGUCCGGCCUCUUCUCUAGCGACAACGGCGGAGACUACGGAGCUGCGCUUCACCUUUACGGAAUCCCCAUUCACUUUCAAAAUCGCUAGAAAGUCCACAGGCGAGGUUUUAUUUGACACGUCUGGCGAUGCUCUAGUCUUCGAGUCCCAGUUCUUGCGGCUCAAGACAUCCCUGCCGCCCGAUCCCAACAUCUAUGGUCUCGGGGAACACGCUGACCCCUUCCGCCUAUCCAACACGAACUACACUCGGACGCUAUGGGCGCGGGACUCGGCCGGCAUUCCGCGUAACCAGAAUCUCUAUGGCGUGCAUCCGGCCUUCUUUGAGCAUCGAAAGUCAGGCACCCACGGUGUCUUGCUGUUGAAUUCAAAUGGCAUGGACAUUAAAAUGGACAGAGACGAUAGUGAUAAAUACUCAAUGGAGAUCAUCGCUAUUGGCGGUAUAUUCGAUUUCUAUUUCAUGGCUGGGCCCUCGCCUGUGGAGGUUGCAAGACAGUACGGCGAAGUCGUUGGCACUCCCGCAAUGAUCCCAUAUUGGAGUCUCGGAUUCCAUCAGUGUAAGUUCGGAUAUCAAGACUGGUUCGAGGUCGCAGAAGUCAUCACCAACUAUUCGGCUGCCGGCAUUCCUCUAGAGACUAUGUGGACAGAUAUCGACUACAUGGAUCGCAGACGCGUCUUCUCAUUUGACCCAGAACGUUUUCCAGUGUCUAGGAUGAGGCAGAUCGCCCACUAUCUCCACGCUCAUCAACAGCAAUACAUCCUCAUGGUCGAUCCGGCUGUUGGCAAGGUGGACUACCCAGCAUAUAAUGCAGGAAAACAACUGGACAUCUUUGUCAAGACCACCGAUGGCGAUGACUUCAAGGGUGUUGUCUGGCCAGGUGUGACUGUGUAUCCCGACUGGUUUCAUCCCAAAGCGUUGGAGUAUUGGUACGGCCGCUUUCAAGAGACCUUCAACCCGGAGACUGGUGUGGACAUUGAUGGCGUUUGGAUUGACAUGAAUGAACCAACAAACUUCUGCCACUUCCCGUGUGAUGAUCCAGAGGGCGAGGCUAAACGAAUGGGCAACCCGCCAACACCACCUCCGAUUCGAGAUCCGCCGCGACCUCUACCGGGCUUUAAUAUAUCCGCAGCAGAUAUACAGGAUGCCCAAGAGGUGGAGCCUGGCCCUACCUUCGAUCAAAAGCUGAUGCACCUGCGAAGGAGAACGGACCAUACAGAUGGGGAUGACGUUCUCAACCCUCCUUACAAGAUUCACAAUGCUGGCGGUGACAUCCGAGAUAAGACAAUCAGGCCCGACGUUGUGCAUGCCAAUGGACUCUUGGAAUACAAUACGCAUAGUCUCUAUGGGACGAUGAUGGGCUUGAUCACCCGACAUGCCAUGCUCAAGAGGCGGCCGAAUCUCAGACCUUUUAUCAUCACUCGGAGCUCCUUCGCUGGGGCCGGUAGAUACGUCCAACGAUGGCUCGGCGACAAUGCGUCGCGAUGGGAUCACUACCGAAGGUCGAUAGCGGGAAUGCUAAACUACGCUUCCAUCUUUCAGAUUCCCAUGGUGGGCAGCGAUGUACGUAAUCCCAUCCCAUCUGCCAUCUCCCUCUAUGCUCCGUGCCCUCUCACACUAAACCCCACGGCACAGGUAUGCGGCUUCCAGUCUACCACAACAGAGAAACUCUGCGCCCGCUGGGCCACCCUCGGCGCCUUCACCCCGUUCUUCCGCAACCACGCAGACGAGGGCACCCCGCCGCAGGAGUUUUACCGCUGGCCCCUCGUCGCCGACGCCGCAAAGUACGCCAUAUCGACGCGGUACCGGCUGCUCGACUACUUCUACACCGCGCUGCGGCUGCAGUCGCGGGACGGCACGCCGGCGCUCAACCCGCUGUGGUUCCUUUACCCACGCGACGCCGAGACGUACGCUCUUGAUCUGCAGUACUUUUACGGGGACUGCCUGCUCGUCUCGCCGGUGACGGAAGACGAUGGUAAGGAUGUGGACGUGUACCUGCCCGAAGAUGUGUUCUACGAGUUUGAUACGGGGAAGAAGAUCCGUGGCGAGGGGAAGGUGGUCAGGAUUCAGGAUGUGCCUUUUGACAGGAUACCUCUCCAUGUGCGGGGAGGCUGUGUGGUACCCACGCGUGCUGAGAGCGCAAACACCACGACUGAACUGCGCAAGAAGGCGUUCCACAUCAUGGUUGCGCCGGGGCUGGACGGGACGGCGAAGGGCUCGUUGUAUGUGGAUGACGGGAUGACGCUUGAUGGGGGCGAGCACAGGAUCUGGCUGGACUUCACGUAUCGGCCGGGAUCGUUCCAUGUGCACAUCAUGGAAUCAGCUGGCCCUGACAACCUCCUCGCUUCUGGGCUUGGUCCGGAGCUGAAGCUGAGGCACGCGGGUGUGCGUAUUGAGAACGUGGUUGUGUUGGGGAAUAGCUCACACCCGGUCCCUGAUCUUCACUUCUCAUAG